CAAUCCCAUAUGAAAUUCCUUAAUCUCUUUCUUUCUUACCAUGUGUGGCUGCCAUCCGGCAAAAGUUUGGGGAGGAAACCGCGGGAACUAAUUGAGAUAUCGAAAAGAUAUUCGUCGUCGAAGCGAUGGCAAGCUCGGCAAGCGAAGGACAAAUACUCAAGAGAAGCAGGCGUGAAAGGAUUGAAAAGCCGUGCAGCGUUUAAACUUCUACAGAUCAAUGACAGAUACAAAAUAUUUAAGCCCGGUCAAAGCGUAGUAGAUUUGGGUUAUGCCCCUGGAUCUUGGUCACAGGUUGCCGUGGAUCUCACUCAGCCAAACGGUCGUGUAGUUGGGGUGGAUAUAAUUCCUGCUCAACCUCCGAAAGGUGUCUCGACUAUCCAAGGAAACUUCCUCUCGCUGCAGAUACAAGCUUAUGUCCGAGAAUUUCUACGAAACCCUAAUCGUGGACGAGCACAAAGCCUCAACCACUUCAAGAAUGCCGAUCAACGUUCGCAGCCAAAGACCGAUGACGAAGUCGAAGAAAUUGAAGGAUACAUUGAUCGGGAACGAAGUGCUAGUUCGCACAUUACACAGGCAGAUGGGGCCAAUGAAACUAUCCCCGAUGUUGCUGUCGGGGAUAAAACAGUUGAUGUGGUGCUAAGCGACAUGUCUGCCCCCUGGGAACAAACAACUGGUUUCUGGAAGAAAAGCCUUAGUGACCCAUAUCGCAGGAUGAUGAACACGAGCGGAAUGAGCUUUCGAGAUCAUGCCGGAAGCAUGGACCUCUGUAGAGCGGCGCUCGAAUUUAGUUUCAACGUUUUAAAAACCGGGGGUCAUUUCGUUUGCAAGUUCUAUCAAGGGGCCGAAGAUAAGGCACUGGAAAAGCAGUUGAAAGAACUAUUCCAGACCGUCCAUCGGGAGAAACCAGAAUCGUCUCGUAGUGAAUCAAAAGAGGCAUACUUUAUUGGUUUAAGACGGAAACAAAAUGCUGCCAAAGACGCCGUCCUCCGCACCUCUAGUUCAUACGGAUCAAACAGCAGUUAAACCCACAGUGGCGUAUUAUCUGUGCCCAGAAAUUGGCAUGCAAAGAAUAUGUAUGCAUUAGUCAUUUAUUCUUAUAUCCUAAAUCAUUUCUCCAUCGCCUUCUUCGAAAUCGCUCGACUCGAAAUCAAUGGAAGCUGAGGCCUCUUCGGCUACACGCUGGAUCUGUGGAAUUUAGUUCCAAUUACAACCCGUUUUUUCAAGGAGAGACUUACCUCUUUC